AUGGCCUCUCCCACUCCGCCUGAGACACCCCAGUCUCUCAAAUCGCCCAGGGACCUGGAAGCCGGGACCGACGAGCAGACUCGAACCAACAGUUCAGCCUCAAUGCACCACGCUCAGGAGAAUGGUAGCGUGAACGAGAAAGAAACGUCGGCUGAAGAGCCCGCCGACCCCUUCAUCGUCGACUGGGAGCCUACAGACGACGCUAUCAACCCCACGAAAUGGCCAGCCAAACGCAAAUGGACCACGAUCGGCGUCCUCUCGUUCAUAACCCCGCUAGCAUCCUCCAUGUUUGCGCCCGGAGUGCCGCUGGUCAUGCGCGAUUUCGAGACGGGCUCGCAGAUGCUCGCCACGUUCGUUGUAUCAGUCUACGUUCUCGGAUUCGCACUGGGCCCGUUGUUCCUGGCACCGCUGAGCGAAAUCUACGGCCGCAACCCCGUCUACCACGUGUGCAACGUCUUCUUCACCAUCUUCACCGUCUGCUGCGCCGUCUCGCAGAACAUGGGCAUGCUCAUCGUCUUCCGUUUCUUCGCGGGGCUGGCUGGAGUAUCAGUGGUUACGUGCGGCAGCGGCACCAUCUCCGACAUGUUGCCACCAGAGCAGAGAGGAGGUGCCAUGGCCAUCUGGUCCAUGGGCCCACUGCUCGGUCCCAUCAUUGGUCCCAUCGCCGGCGGAUACCUCACUGAAGCGGAGGGCUGGCGCUGGGUAUUCUGGGUCAUCACCAUCGCAUCCGGCCUCAUCACCAUCGUCGCCUGGUUCACGCUCACGGAAACCUACCACCCCGUCCUCCUCGAGCGCAAAGCCGCGCGCCUACGCGCCGAGACAGGCAACCCCGCGUACCGCUCCAAGUUCGCCACGGACGAAACAACCACCCAAAUCUUCAAGCACGCGCUCGCCCGGCCCCUCAAGCUCCUCCUCUUCUCGCCCAUCGUCACGCUCAUGUGCCUGUACAUCGCCAUCGCCUACGGCAUCCUCUACAUCCUCUUCACGACCUUCACCUUCGUCUUCGAAGACCAGUACGGCUUCAACACGUCCGCCGCCGGCCUCACCUACAUCGGGUCGGGCGUCGGCUCGCUGCUCGGCCUCUUCGCCGUCGGCAGCAUGACGGACCGCGUCCUGCAGCGCAAGCUGGCCGCCGGCGGCCGCAUUCGCCCGGAGGACCGCCUGCCGCUGUUCCUGACUGUCCCCGCGGGGCUGGCGCUGCCGGCUGGCCUCUUCCUGUACGGCUGGACCGCCGACAAGCGCGUGCAUUGGAUAGCGCCGAUGAUCGGGACGGGAAUCACGGGGUUCGGCAUGAUUUGCGCGCUGAUUUGCGUGCAGACGUACCUCGUUGACGCGUUUACGCAGCACGCGGCCAGCGUAAAUGCGGCGAAUGCCGUGCUGAGGAGCUUGCUCGGCGCGCUGCUGCCGCUGUGUGGGUUGGAUAUGUACGAUGCGCUGGGGCUGGGGUGGGGGAAUACCCUGUUGGGUUUCCUGGCGUUGCUGUUGGCGCCGGCUAUGUGGUUGUUUUACUUUUAUGGAGAGCGGAUCAGGAAUAGUCCGAGGUCGAGGAGGGAGUUUUGA